ACAUAGCUACAACAUAAACAUAGUCCAAAAUCUCCUUUUAAAAUUCACUUAUACACACAACCAUGACAACAAGAAUGAUCAAAAUCACAAGCCUUAGCCUUAUGUUAUGGCUUUUCAUGACCAUACCAACAUCAGCACAACCUGAAAAUGAAGAAGUUCUCGACUUAACAGGUCGUCCUCUUGAGAGUGGCCGAAAGUAUUACAUAAGAUCAGAUGUAUCCGAUUUUGGAGGUCGUAUCACUUUGGUAAAUAAAAACGGUUCAUGCCCUUUAUAUGUGGGUCAAGAAACUACUGAUUUUGGACAAGGGUUAUCUGUUAUUUUAACUCCUUUAGAAAAUGAUGAUACGGUUGUUAAGGUGAAUAGGGAUUUUAAGGUGAAAUUUUCAUCUUCUUCAAGUUGUGGACAAUCUACGGAAUGGAAAUUGGGUGAUAGGGACAAUAGGAGUGGAAGGAGGCUUAUUAUAGCGGGGAGUGAUGGUAAUUCAUUUAGAAUUUUGAAGAUUUCAUUUGGAAUUGAAGGUGUUAUAGGUAAUUAUAAUAUUAGGUUUUGUCCCUCAGAUACGGUUAAUUGCGGUACGGUUGGUAAUUUGCGUGAAAAUGGUAAGAUUUUAUUGGCUUUGGAUGAUCGUAAUGUUCUAAGGGUUGGGUUUGAGAGAGCAUAGUAUGUUCGUAGGGUAAGUUCUACAUCAUCGAUCAAUAUUUAAAAAUUGUCUAAAUUGUCAAUGAAGAAAUCGUCUUCAUAACAUCAAUCAUCAUUGAAGUUUUAGAUGAUUUUAUAAUAUUGAUCUAUAUUAGGUGUAGAACUUUACUUCUAUUUAUGUUUGUCUUUGUAAUAUUAAUAAUUGGAGCUACCCAUAAUAAUUAGUUGGAGGAUAGAAAGAUGCAUAUGUCUUUUCUUUCUCUUAUACUAUAAACUAUAGCUCCAUAAAAUGUUAUGAAUAAAUGAUUAAUAAUACUAUUUCAUAAGCAAAAAUAUUGUUACCCA